CUGAACGUAUCUAAUCUCUUGUAACAUUAUGCCACCCAAAACCAGCGGUAAAGCCGCCAAGAAGGCCGGCAAAGCGCAAAAGAACAUUUCGAAGACCGAUAAGAAGAAGAAGCGUAAGAGGAAGGAAAGUUACGCCAUUUACAUCUACAAAGUCCUGAAGCAAGUUCAUCCCGAUACUGGAAUUUCCAGUAAGGCCAUGAGCAUCAUGAACAGCUUCGUCAACGACAUAUUUGAGCGUAUCGCUGCUGAAUCGUCGAGACUUGCUCAUUACAACAAGCGUUCAACCAUCACCUCUCGGGAGAUUCAAACGGCAGUCAGGCUACUCCUUCCUGGUGAAUUGGCUAAGCACGCCGUUAGUGAAGGAACCAAAGCCGUCACCAAGUACACCAGUUCCAAGUGAGCUGUGAACUUCACAACGAAAAUCGGCCCUUUUCAGGGCCACCAAAUCUUCUUGCAACAUUACGACUUCUAAUAUAGCUGAACCUAUUUCCAAAAACACAAAACGCAUUAUGUAUUCAUAGGCAAAAUUUCAGCAUCAGUGCAUGCUAUGGUCUCGACUCACGUACAAUUUUCCAGCGGUAUGAUUGAUUCCGCAUCCAUGGCUCCAUUUUGUUUCAAGUAUUUUUUUUUCGUCCAAUAACCGUCAAAAACUUCACCGAUGUACAAGCAGACAAUGGUGGAACAUGACCCUGUAAAAUCAUGCAUCUGGUUCGGAAAAAGAAAGUUUGCAGGAUUCAAUUCCUACCAUAGUUCCAGUCUUAAAGUUACGACAGGUCACAGUAUCACAUACAAAAUUGUAGCGAUCAUUGAGAAUCAAUAAUACAUAAAUAUCAUAUUUGACAUUCAGCCAAUAAGAAAAUAAUGAUGAGAAAUAGGGACGGAAACAAAUUAAAUGAGUAAAGU